AUGGACUGGGGGAUGAGGAGUGGAGGUGGGGGGGUGGCCGCAACGUCCCCUCUUACUAACCCCCACAUCCCCAACCCCAAUCAACCAACCCCCUGUAACCUCACCCCCCAUUUCAACCGCCCCCUGGAACCGCACUCCCUCCCUCCUUUUCUUCCUCCAGACCCCUCCCCACCCACGAUGGUCCCUGUCCAGUUCUUCACAGGUGGGGCUGCUGGUCACAGGUGCCUGGUGCUGGCGGCUGGCGCUGGUGCUGGUGCCUGGUGCUGGCGUCUGGCGCUGGUGCCUGGUGCUGGCGGCUGGCGCUGGUGCUGGUGCCUGGUGCUGGCGGCUGGCGCUAGUGCUGGUGCCUGGUGCUGGCGGCUGGCGCUGGCGCUGGUGCCUGGUGCUGGCGGCUGGCGCUGGUGCUGGUGCCUGGUGCCUGGUGCUGGCGGCUGGCGCUGGUGCUGGUGCCUGGUGCUGGCGGCUGGCGCUGGUGCUGGUGCCUGCUGCUGGCGGCUGGCGCUGGUGCUGGUGCCUGGUGCUGGCGGCUGGCGCUGGUGCCUGACGGCUGGUGCUGGUCCUGGUGGCUGGUGCUGGCGUAACGGCGCUGGUGCUGGUGACUGGCUUCGGUGCUGGUGCUGGUUCCUGGUGCUGGUGGCUGGCGCUGGUGCUGGUGCCUGGUGCUGUUCCGCCGCCACUCCCUUCCCCCUUUUCCUCUCUCCCCCACAGCAUUCCGCCGCCACUCCCUUCCCCCUUUCCCUCUCCCACCCGCAGCGUUCCGCCGCCAAUCCCUUCCCCUCCUCCCUCUCCCACCCACAGCGACCGCCGCUGCACACGUGA